GAGAUUUAGUGUUGUUGGUGUGCAUUAGUUUGGAAUGUGUAUAUAAUAAAAGAAAAUACCGGUUAAUAUUUAAUGACACUCGACACAAGUCAGCAGUUGCAUUUUUGCCAUGUUCAUAUAUUUGAUUACUAUAGAUAACAUUAACAUUUCAAAUAAUGGUGAAAAGAGCAUUUACUCCUUCAAAGCUGAGUUGUGAACAGGUGUUUGAUCUAUUAAUAACUUCAGUGAUAUACUGUUGAUGUGUUAAGAAAUUGUUUUUGUGGAUGUAAUAAUAGUUUCUUGUAAGGUAAAAAUCUGUCACAACAUGUAAAAAUGAUUUUAGUAAAUUUAGAUUUUCCUGAUUACAUGUCCACCCACCAACAUUUCUUUAUUUGUGGCAUCUCUCCAGCAUUGGCCUGAGUGUGCAGUGGCCCUCUUCUGCUCAUUGUACAGCGGUAUUUGCAGCCCCUCACUGUGGGCUGCAUGUGGCCGUGAUGCCUGGUUGAGAGGAUUAGUGGGACGUAUGUGCUCCAUGUAAUUAGCACAGCACUGUUGUGGAAUCACUGUAGUAAUACACUUCAUAGAUUGACCCGAGGGCAUCGCCACUGCCUGGGAACUAGAUGGAAACAGAGCUUUGCCCUCAGAAUAGAAAGACGCUCCUCUUGUCUCUUUGCACACGAUAUUUAGAAAUGUGAGCGCAGGGAAGUUAUUACCAAGUACUCAGGUUUUACUGGAAGUUUUAUUCUCUGUGAUAUGUAUUUGCUCAAAAUUGGCGUUGCCAUUGAUAUGCAGCCCGUCAUACUCGACCUGUUAUUUACUUUUGCUUGACUUGUUCGAGUCUAAAUAUCUGUUGGCUCAUGGAGUGAGACGAGCGAUUCACUGUAUGAGUCUGACAGGCUUGUUGUUGAUCUUGUAUUGCAGUGGCAGUUCGCGCCACUCAGAAGUCAGCCAAUGCUGAGGAUUGUCAGUUUGAGUCCCUCAGUGCUUGCUAGAAAACACACACAGUCUGAGCGGGAGUGAAUUGAGAUGUGACUUCUUUCUGCUUCUAAAUGUUCCAUCAACACCCUCGCUUUCCUUAAGCCCUGGCAGAGCCACUGCUAUAAACUAACAAGGCUAUCCAAUUUCCCUUCAUGAAAUAAAAGCUUUUUAAUGUAUUUUUUAGAGAAGCAGAAAGAAGUUAGCACACAAUGAUGAAUUAGAUUUCAAUUUAUUUGACUUCAUUCCCAGCUUGCUGCAUUAGAGCCUCCAAACACCCAUCUGUAGCAGUCCGUCCGCUUGAUUCUUAUUAGGUUUCAGAAAACAAGGCGAGGGAAUUGCAUUAGUGUAUCUUAAGUUAAAAGCUCUUUGCUCUUUGACCAAGUGUUUCAUUGUUAUUGGGUUAAUCAGAUUUUUGCUGUCUUCAUGGAGAUGCUAUCGCAGGCUAGAGGCAGUGGUGGGUAACCAAAGCAGCCGUGCACAGACACUAUCCAGAUGGGAUCAGCUUACGGUAAUUUGGUUUCAGAAUACAUUACCAGAAGAGGCUCCUGGCCGAGAAUGGCCACCCCCGCUAUGAGCCAGGAGCUGGUGGCCUCUGUAGCUGCAGCAUCCAGCCCAGCUGACCAGUCAACCCACCUGCCCCACUCCCAACCUCCUCGUCUCCCUGAGCUUUUAGGAGGGCUUUGUUGUCCAAUUCAUUAGAGAGAUUCCUGAGUCCACUGGCCACGCUGGAGCCCUCUCAUUUCUGGCUGCUAAAUAGAAUGGCCGCUGAUGACCGGCACCUACCCUCCAGUUGUGGGUCCUACAUCAAGACGGAGCCAUCCAGUCCCUCCUCGGUCAUCGAUACGGUCAGCCACCACAGCCCCAGCGGCAACUCUGAUGCCAGCGGUGGCUAUGUCAGCACCAUGAACAGCCACUCUAACGGCCUGGACUCUCCACCUAUGUUCACCCCCGGCGGGCUCGGGGCCGGCACCUGCCGCAAGCGCUAUGACGACUGCUCCAGCACCAUCAUGGAGGACUCGUCCAUAAAGUGCGAAUACAUGUUGAACUCCCUCCCCAAGAGGCUGUGCCUGGUCUGUGGAGAUAUAGCCUCGGGGUAUCACUAUGGGGUGGCCUCUUGUGAGGCCUGCAAAGCCUUUUUUAAAAGGACAAUACAAGGUAACAUAGAAUACAGCUGUCCUGCCACAAAUGAGUGUGAGAUCACAAAACGGAGACGCAAAUCAUGUCAGGCUUGUCGCUUCAUGAAAUGCCUCAAAGUGGGGAUGCUCAAAGAAGGUAAGAAGAGGGUUCGCCUGGACCGAGUGCGAGGGGGCAGACAGAAGUACAAGCGGAGGUUGGACUCAGAAAACAACCCGUACCUGGGCUUGACGCUCCCCCCUCCCACCAAAAAGCCUCUCACAAAGAUAGUGUCUCACCUGUUGGUGGCGGAGCCAGAGAAGAUCUAUGCCAUGCCCGACCCCACCAUGCCGGAGAGCGACAUCAAGGCUCUGACCACGCUGUGCGACCUGGCUGACCGCGAGUUGGUGGUCAUCAUCGGCUGGGCCAAGCACAUCCCAGGCUUUUCCUCUCUCUCUCUGGGAGACCAGAUGAGUUUACUGCAGAGCGCCUGGAUGGAGAUCCUCAUCCUCAGCAUCGUGUUCCGCUCACUGCCGUAUGAGGACGAGCUGGUGUACGCUGAGGACUACAUCAUGGACGAGGAGCACUCGCGGCUGACAGGCCUACUCGACCUCUAUGUCUCCAUCUUGCAGCUGGUCCGCAAAUGCAAGAAGCUCAAAGUGGAGAAGGAGGAGUUCGUCACCCUCAAGGCUAUCGCCCUCGCCAACUCAGACUCUAUGCAUAUAGAGGACAUGGAGGCGGUCCAGAAGCUUCAGGACGCUCUCCACGAGGCCCUGCAGGACUACGAGAGUAGCCAGCACCAGGAGGACCCGCGGCGGGCGGGCAAGCUUCUCAUGACCCUGCCUCUGCUGCGGCAGACGGCCACCAAGGCUGUGCAGCACUUUUACAGCAUCAAGGUGCAGGGAAAGGUGCCCAUGCACAAACUCUUCCUGGAGAUGCUGGAGGCCAAGGUCUGAUUGGAGGGUGGCUGAUUGGCCACGGCAACGGCGGAGGGCUGCAUUAGCGAAACAGAAAGUGACUUGAACCAAGGCUAAGGGUACUCAGGAGAAGGAGACCCUCCCACUGACUGUGCUAGGCAGGACAGAGACUGACACUCUCACUCCUCCUCCUGGAACCCUGGGACACUAAAUAAAAAAAGAACAAAUGCAAAACUUGGUUAUUAGUAAGUAAAUAUAAAAAUGAUGCAGAUUAAUUUAAAAUAUAUAAGAAAUACUAUGUACAGUAAUAAUUUUUUUUGGUUUUUGUUAAUUGUCAGUGGUCAUACUGUAUAUGAAGAAGGACCCCUCUGCCCCUCAGCAUCUUCAGAAUGAGUAGUUGCCAGAUCUUGAUAACAAGAUAAAGAGGUUUCUUUUUUCAUAAAAUUAAAAGUUCCUUAAAUUUGUUCUGAAGACAGCAGAGGUGUCAACAAGCAUAAACAGACUCACUUGUCUCACAGUUGUGUUUUUGCCUGGACUUGACCAGGACAUGUAUAUAUUUAUUAUUGGAAGACUGAGUGUACAGUUCAAAGUCUGGUGACCUUGGUGGCCAUUUUCUCUUGUUCUCUUCCUGGAAAAAAAAAUGAACUAAAAUUGUUACCUAAAUGUGAACUCUUAUCAGUUUAAAUGUACUUGGAUAUACCUCUCCAGAGCAGUAAGCCGUGUGAUCUUUGUGGAUCUGUCUCAGACUGGAAGACUUGCUGGUCCCAUGUUUAACCAAACUAGCAUAAGCAGGUACAAUUAGUCGUCUUAUUCUGUAGUAACUCAGCAAUAAAGGGAGCUGUGGGGAAGCCAGGCUUAACCUCCUAUCUGUCAUGUGCUUUUCAAUGCUGCUGUUGCUAGAAGACCCUGCCUGUGUAUCUCAGUCCCACCAGUCGGACACACCACUGCACCACUGUUACACUAGUGUUCCUCCUCUCCUGUAGCGGUUUAUGUCGGUGCUGUUCAUGCAACCCAUUGAACCCCACAUUUGGUCAUUGUUUAAGCCCAUGGAAAUUGCCUCUUGGCAUGCAAAUAGAUGACCUGAUUCAGGGCUAGGUGAAAGAUGAUCAGCGGGUUCGGUGUGGCAGUAUCAAAGGAUUUAUGCAGAGUGGCAGAAGUCCAGGAGAUUCCAUGUUCAAACAAUCAGAGGCCCAUAUGUCAACCACUCUAUUUUGGGCCCCUUUAAGCCUGUGGCAGAGUCAUCCCACACACAGGGAGCAAGGUGCCCAGCAUCUGCUCUCGCCAUUUUAGACACCUCCCGUCUUUUAAUAGCCGUGCCUGCAUUUAUAGAGCUUCAACCAAACGGAGGUAAAUGGCAGGUGCAGACUGGGAGCAGUUGCACUUCACACUGGGUUUAUUUUUAACCCAGCAGGAGGUUGUUGUCUGUGCGGCCUCCCUCCAGGAGUACAGUAGACACGUGGAACACUUCUUCUUGACCCCAUGUUGACACAGUGGCCAGUGCAGAGUAACACCCUUCCCGCUGGCCAGGAGGCAGACAGGCAUCUGUGAGGAGAGCUCGGGAUGCCCAAGCAUGCACAUGUGAAUAGCUAUGCAAGAAACAAAGUGUCAGCAUGCUCUAAGGGGUAACAGCAGCCCAACAGUGUGUCAGUGCAAGGUGUGAUCUCUGGUGGGAGAAACAGAUCUCAUGCUCCCUUCUCCCUGUGUUUAGCUACAUGUCCACGUUGUGAGUAAUACUGUAGUCCAGUCCAGCAGAGCCGUGCCGCCUGUCUCCGUGUGAGAGAGAAUGUGUUGGUGGCGAAUGCUUAUACUACUGAAGGAUUUUAUGUGAUGUGAUAAAUUGUGGCGCUGUCACAACAAUAUGAUACUGUGAUCAAAGGAAUCCCUGACAUUGCAGUAGGGUAGAGUUGCCGCCAUGCUUGCGAUAUCAAUGGCUAGCACUGAUCCAGCAGCCGGCAUGCCUUUUUUUACAGCAGCCUGAUUGGCCAUGUAAUGGAGGAUGCCUACCUACUCCGGCACCCAAUCAUCUCAACUUAAACUAGCCGCUGUCCAGUUAACAAGCUCCACUGUAGACGGUGACAAUAUAACUUGAGUUAUUUUACUGUUGUGCAAUACAACAGGGACCAAUUCUGACUGAAACCAUGCUGAGGGCAUGCUUUUACUUAGAUUUGGGAGAAUUUGUAUACUAUUAAGUGACAUAUUCUAAAUCCCUCUAAUCAGAAACAUGUAUCCUGUAUAUCAGAACAACUAUAUUUGAUUUGCUCCACUGAUAAAAGACUUUUGUGCUUGUUUCAAUAAAAGUGCAGUAUAAAUGAAAACUUUUGCAGAAAAUCUUUACAACUAGAAUUUUGUAGUGGCCCAAGAUGAUCAGCCAUAAGAAUCAUAAUAAUGGGAGUCCUCUUAUCUCCCUUUUUUUCUUUUUACCUUGCAAUACGACAGUGUGUUAAGUAAAAGAGAACAUGUCUUACAUUACAAGCUGUGUCUAAAUGUGUAAAUAUAUUAGCGUCAAUACAGUAGGUUGCCGAAAUACCAUUGAAAAUAAAGUAUGCAGCGCCCUGCUGACUACUACCUCAUUAUUAUAUUGUCAAUAUUUCUCUGAUUCAACACUUUCUGCUCUUUAUCAUCCUCACAUGUCUGUGACAUACCUGAGCCAUCAAAGUUUUUUAUCAAAAACUGUUUCUCCCUCAGUGCUCCUGCCAAAAUAUUUGUAAUUGUAGUUAUUGAUCUUCUCUUCCCAUUCAUUCUUCAUAGAUCUGUUUGUAAAGGUUAAGCAUGCUUCACGUUGACCACGUGACUUGGUCAUCAGUGGGUGUGACCCCCCCCCCCAUUUUGGUUACAAAGCGGGUGUAUGUUUUUAUGAACAUCAAUGUGUCAGAAUUGGUCCCUUGAUGAUAAAUUGCAGACAGGGGCAGGUAACUGAUUUCCUGCUUCUGUGCUAUGAGUAUUUAUGGUGUGAAAUAUAUCAUUUGGCAAUGGUGUACAUUGAUAUCUCUGAUCGUUAAAUCACCAAUAUCUGUGUAACUUUUACGUUUUGAUUUUCAAAAAGGUAAAGGAUCAAUGAAUUAAAUAC